CUCUGUCCGUUCUGUCCAGGUCAUCCUCCGGCUGACUCAUUAGGAGCGAACAAUUAACAUGCUCUCACCUGCAGAGCCUAAUCAGGAGCUCGCUGUGCAACACCUGCUCUAUUGGUAUCAGUUGUAUAAAGUGGAAGCGACACUCUGCUUCAUCCGAUGUGCGUUUUAUCUCCGGUUCACUCUGAAAAGCAUGCCUCCCAAAAAGCAAGUAGCGCAGCCUGCUGAGCCGCAGCCCGAUUCAAACAGCGCACCUGCAGAUGGGACGACUGAGAAAAAAGAAUCUGGACCUCCAGUGGCCGUGCGUAAACCUGCAGCUCAUCCAUCCACUGCGAUCAUGGUGAGAGAGGCACUUAAAGCUCUGGAUUCACGCAAAGGAGUGUCCUCCCAGGCCAUCCAGAGCUACAUCAAACAGAAUUACCCCUCUGUGGAUCUGGUGAGGCUAAAGAACUUUGUUCGCAGAGCCUUGAAGAAAGGAAUAGAGAAUGGGACUCUGGUGAGGCCUUCCAAUGCCACCAUCACCACAGGCGCUAUGGGAAAGUUUAGGCUUGCACCUAAAGUUAAAGAGGCAAAGCCGAAGAGUGAGAACAGGGAUCCAAAUAUGCAAAAAUCUCCAAAUGAAGGAAAGAAGACAAAGGCAGCAGGUGUCACAAAGAAGAAAAAGUCUACGAAUGAAGGGGCAAAAUCUACCAAGAACGCGAAGCCUGCGAAAAGCUCAAAUGACGAGGGAGCUGCUCCUUCAAAGGUACCUCCAGUAAAGAAGCCAAAAGCUAAAAAAGCAGACGCAAAGGGAAGCUCUGAUUCCACCAAAACAGGCGGCGAUGCGCCUGCGUCCAAAGCAGCGAAAGCAGGCGGCGAUGCGCCUGCGUCCAAAGCAGCGAAAGCAGGCGGCGAUGCGCCUGCGUCCAAAGCAGCGAAAGCAGGCGGCGAUGCGCCUGCGUCCAAAGCAGCUGGCAAACGAGCAAAGAAGACGGAGUAG